GGUGUUGAUAUCGGAGUCAUAAUAAAUAAGAAAUUACUUUUUGGAGUUCAGUUAAGUUACUUGUAUCAUUUUAGUUUUUGUAGCUGUUUUUAUUUCAGAUUUUUGAAACAUUGGUAGAAUUGUCAGUUGAUACGAAAGGUUUGCUUCCAUGGUUGUCGAGGUCAGUCAAUAGAUGGUUUUGUGAAUGGAUGAUCAGUACAGUAUAAAUGUGGACUGUUCUAAGCUGUGUGGGGACAUAGUGGACUUGAAUGAGAGAUUCAGCAAUGCAAUUUACAAUGGGUGCUUCCAACAUGCCAUUGAUCUGGUAAAACAUGAGCAGUGUAAUCCGAACUCAACACGGCUGUCGAAGGGUGGAAACAAACCCAAACUCUGGACUGCUCUGCACCAGUGCGCUUUCUUGGGGGCUUCAGAGGAAACCAUCAAAGCAUUUGUGAAACUGGGAACCUUCAAAUCUCUCAAGAAUUCAGAUGGACAGACUGCGUAUGACAUUGCAGUGAGUAAAAACAGACCAGAGGAGAUUCUAGCAGCACUGAAGCUGCCUGCUGACGUCAUCGAAAAUAAGGAGGCAAUUGAGAAGAUGGAAGCAAAACUACAUGAGCACAUUCUGUCAAGGGUUGAAACACUAAUCAAGGAAAACAAUCAGGCACUUCCACAGAUAAGUCCUCUCUGGGAGAUGGAGGAACCCUCACUCUACUACUCUGUUCCGGGAAUGUACGGAGGAUUCUGUCUCACUCGAGACCAGGAGAAAAGACUAGUCAGCGAGAGUUGGUCUCGAGUGUGUGGAGGAUCUGAACAAGAAAUAGUCAUAGACCAUGACGGGAAUGUGAUAGACUGUAAUGCAGAGGCGGAUCUAGGGUUUUCUUGAGGAUGGAGCGGAUUUUCAAAAAUGUUCAAAAAAUUGUGUCGAUCUUUUUUUUUUAGGUCUACCAAACUGCUUUU